AUGACGGUUGCUCAGACACAUCAAUUCAGUAGUACUGCCUCCCUUGGUAAGCACUACCGUGAGGUGCACAAACACCGAUUGGAGAUUCGCCAGGGCCCCAACACGCGACAGCUAGAAGACGACCUUGUCCGGUGGUAUUACCUGUUUGCUGGUAGAAUCAGCCACAACUGGUCUCCCAGAAAGGCAAAGCACCGUGGCUUCUCCCCAGAACUUGGAUCCAGGCCAAGCAUUCAACGACUCCUGCCAACGGGUCCGCCCACGCCCCUCUACGGCCCUGGAGCUCGUGUCCAGGCAUCUUCUUCCCGGCGCCCUCGCCGUGGCCAGGAAUACGACUCUGCAACAGAUUUCGAGGGAUUCCCAGACGACAACGCCGGCCGCGAGUCCGCCGCUGCCGCUGCCGCCAAGUAUGCAGCGCCUCUUCGUACAGAGGAUAGGGGCGAAACUUCGCUAUCGGCACUACGUGCUGCUCGUCGUGGCAAGCAGAAAGCCACCUCAACUCUGAUAGAGAACCCCGACUAA